GGACCCCCUUGGGCGGCUCGGAAGUUGGAACCACAUAUUUUCCGACCUAUAAGAGGAUCGGCUCGGUUUGAUCUGAGCUUGCAGCUGCUGCUGCUGCUUGUUUUUCUUGAGCCAACCAUCUGAUCGGCUUCUGCUUUUCUUCCUCAGGAAAUGGGUACGACUGCUAAAUCUAGAAACUCUCUUACUUUCUUGUUCAAUCAUUUGGUUAUCGAUUCUCAUUAUUAUCCUGUAAGGGUUUUGCUCCAUGCUAAAAAAUUAUAUUACUAUCGAAGUUUUAGUGCUACUUCUGCAAACACUACCAAUAGUGGUAGAGAUAUUGUGGAAAGCCCCAACCAGUUUUUGAAAUCUGUGAGAGAUAGGUGCAGAUCUGGAAGCUUUAGGAAUCUUGAUGAUGCCUUAGGCCUGUUUGAUAGAAUGCUUCACAUGCACCAUUUGCCUUCCGUCGUGGACUUUAAUCAACUGCUGAGUGCAAUUGCAAGAUUGAAGCAUCACUCGACUGUGAUUACUCUGAGUAAAGAAAUGGAAUUGUUAGGAAUUGCUCCUGAUGUUUAUACUCUGGGCAUUUUGAUUAAUUGUUUCUGCCUUUUGAACCGGGUGGAUGUCAGCUUCUCUGUUUUAGCAAGAAUUUUGAAACUUGGUUUUCAACCGAACUAUACAAUUCUUAAUACUCUUGUCAAGGGGCUUUGUCUUAAGGGUAAAAUUGUUGGAGCUUCAAGGUUCGUUAACGAAAUGGAGAAAAAAGGAUACAAGCCUGAUUCAGUUACCUAUGGAACGUUAAUGAAUUGUUUGUGUAAAAUAGGUAUGACCAGUGAGGCUAUUGGGUUGCUUCGGAAGAUGGAAGAAGGAAAUCUAAAACUUGAUGUAGUAAAGUAUAGCAUAAUUAUUGAUAGUUUAUGUAAGGACAAAUUGGUAACUGAGGCUUUGAAAUUAUUUUCUGAAAUGACAAAUAAAGGAAUUCAACCGGAUCGUAUCACUUACAAUUCUUUAAUUCAUGGCCUAUGCAAUUUCAGCCUAUGGAAGGAAGCAACUAAACUAUUGAAUGAGAUGGUGCAAAGGAAAAUCAUGCCCAAUGUGCGUACAUUCACCAUAUUGGUGGACACACUUAUCAAAAAAGGGAGGUUUACAGAGGCAGAAGAAGUUUUUGAUGUGAUGAUUCAGAGAAACAUAGAGCCUAAUACAUUUACUUACAAUUCUUUGAUUGAUGGUUACUGUAUGCAGAAUAAUAUAGAUAAUGCUAUCAAAGCAUUUAAUACGAUGGUUGGGAAGGGUUGUUCACCUUGUGUUACUAGCUAUAACAUGUUGAUCAAUGGUUAUUGUAAAAAUAGAAGAAUUGAUGAGGCAAUGAAUCUUUUUAGUGAAAUGUCCACGAAGGGAAUUUUUCCCAAUGUUGUUACUUAUAACACUCUUAUAGGUGGGUUUUGUCAAGUUGGGAGACUUAAGACUGCAUUAGAGUUACUCCGUGAGAUGCAACGUUGUGGCCAACGUCCUGAUCUCCGAACUUGUGCAAUUUUCUUAGAUGGCCUGUGUAAGAACCUACAAUUUUCUGAGGCAAUGGCAUUAUUUCAAGAGAUGGAAGACAAAAAGUUAGACCUUGAUAUUGUGAUUUACAACAUCUUGAUUGAUGGUAUGUGUAAUGAUGGGAAACUUAUAACUGCAAGAGAACUCUUUAAUAGCCUUCCUACCAAAGGUUUGCAACCUGAUGUUCGAACUUACAAUAUAAUGAUUAAAGGGCUUUGCAAAGAAGGACUACUAAAUAAAGCGGGGGAGUUGCUUGAGAAAAUUGACGAGAACGGUUGCUCGCCUAAUGAUGUUACAUAUAAUACACUCAUCCAAGGGUUACUGCUACAUAAUGAGACAUCAUCGGCAAUGAAAUAUCUCCAGAUGAUGGUUGACAAGGGUUUCUCGGCAAAUGCAACCACUGCUGCCAUUUUGAUUGACUUGUUGUCUACUAAUCAAGUAGAUAAAACAUUACAAGAUUUCUUUUUUUCAGAAGUUUGUGUGAAGGCUUCCUAGUUCUUCUACAAUAAAGAACAAACUUCAAACUCGAACCCUUCCCGAGUCAAUCUGUAAGGAAUAAGCAUAUUUGCUACUAGUAAAGGUGAUAUUUCAUUCUAUAUUUUUGGACUA